ACCCCCAAAACACACAACUCUUUUAAUUCUCUUUCUCUCCCUCUCUCUCCACUCUCAUUUUACAAUUUACACAAACAACCCUAAACUUCAGUGAAAUGACAAGAGUAUACCCCAAAACUGUUAUCCCUCCUCUUGUUUCUUUAGACAAUAAUAGGCAUAAAUUCUUACCGGAAUCGUCUACUAGUGCUGUUCGAAAUGUUAAUAAUCCUGUUGUUCUUACCGUUUGGAAAAAAUCAUUGCUGUUUAGUUGUGAUGGAUUUACCGUGUUUGAUACUAAAGGCAAUCUUGUGUUUCGAGUUGACAACUAUGCUGCUGGCAACAGGGGUGAGAUUGUUCUCAUGGAUGCUUCGGGUCACUCUCUACUCACUAUUCGUCGCAAGAAGUUAAGCUUUACAGACAACUGGCUUGUCUACGACGGAGACACAACCGUAAAUCCACGUUUCUCGGUAACGAAACACGUGAAUUUCAUAAACACGAAGUCGCUAGCUCAUGUUAGCACCACGGGCGGAUCACCAAGAAAAAGCAACAAAAAGAAUAUAGCCUAUGAGAUUGAAGGCUCUUAUGCGCAACGUUCGUGUGUGGUGUAUGAUGACAAGAGACGACGAGUUGCUGAGAUCAAACGUAAAGAAGCAGUUGGAGGUGUUGCGUUUGGUGGAGACGUUUUCCGUCUAGUUGUACAACCAGAUAUUGAUUCCACGGUUGCAAUGGCACUAGUCGUCCUUCUAGAUCAAAUGUUCGGUGGUUCAUCAAGAAGAUUCUAAACAUAAACAUAUGAUCAAGAGAUUCCAAACGCGCGGCGUUUGAUGACCUAAAGGCACAAGUGGCUCUAGCUCUGUACAAUCUGUAGGUCGUGGGUUCAAGUCUUGUCUGUUUGUAGACGUUGGCAUCAAAGUUUUUUGGGUAUAUAGAUUGCAUUUUGGGAUCAUGAUGUCAUUGAAACAAAUAAAGAUGCAUGAUUUAGGAAGCUGAACAUUGGAAAUUGGAGGUGAAUCAUUUUGGUAUAUAAGUUAAUUAUGUUGUAUAAGUUGAUUCCUCUCCCUCAAUUUUUUAUUUAGUGUCAUUCAAAUGUUAUGAAUGAUACUUAUGUACGUUGAGGGCUUGGUUUUUUCGUUUUAUAUAAAGGAUCAAGCUUCCAAUGAGGAGUAGCAUUUCUUUAUAUACAUACGUACAUGUAAUUAUAGAUUAUAUAUGAUAUUUUGAUUUUCAUA